CGCAUGCGCGUGGUUCAUCAAUACAAAAACACGAACAACGGCGAAAGAGUUCACUUAUAAGAAUAUCCAGGUCGCGCAAAGUCAUAAGCAAGAUGGCAGACAAGGCUACAAAACUCAGCCCCGUCGAGUUCGUAAAAGUCUUCAUGAAGUUUGAUUCUGAUAAAAAUGGGUACAUCGAAGAGAAAGAGAUGGAUUUGUUCAUCCAUGAUCUUCUAAAGGAACUGAACGACAAGGAGCCGACAAAAGCAGAGGUGGCGGAUAAGAAGAAAGAGAUCCUCGAGAAAUACGACCUGGAUAAGGAUGGCAGGUUUUCAAUGGAUGAGCUCGAGAACAUUCUACCUGUCGAGCAGAAUCUCCUGCGCACGUACCUCUCCGAAGGCAAGAGGAUCGGGAGCGUGGACUUCAUGAAGAUUUUCACGCGCUUCGAUGAGGACAAGAGCGGCUUUCUAGAGACGGUCGAGCUUCGGGGUUUUUUCCACGAAUUGUUGUCCAUGAAAGGAAAGAGUUCUAUCAACCCCAGGAAACUAGAUGACUACAUCGAGUACUGUCUUGAGAAAUAUGACGCAAACAAGGACGGAAAAUUCAAUUUGAAUGAGCUUGCCAAGAUGCUUCCCCUGGAAGAAAACAUCUUCGAAACUUAUGGGAUCCAGCGCGAUAUGACCAGAGAGGACUUCAACAAAGUAUGGGACUAUUAUGACAAGGAUAACAGCGGAGAGAUCGAGGGGGAUGAGAUACUUGCCUUGUUACACGACGUCCUCAAACAACAGCAGCCAGACCGUGAAUACAACAAACCAGAUCUGGAGAGGUUCCGAGACAUCAUACUAGAGAUCUACGACGAAAACAAGGACAACAAGCUGUCACGUGACGAGCUCUGCUGCCUCCUGUCGGCCUCUAUGUGAAGCACCCGUGCGCAUGAGCAGUCGCCGCUACUUGAUCCAUCAAACCACCAAACGCCCCCACAAUCCAUCAUUACGAGAAAGAUAGCGCCUCCUAUUGCAUCAUAAGAAAUUUGCCAAAUUGUGAUCACGUGAAGGCCAUGUUAAGGUCACGUGAAGAUCAUGUGAUGCAAGCGAUCAAAAAAUACAUUUUUUUCUCUAAACAUCGCUGUACAAGAGAUGUAUUCUCAGCACGCCAAGUUUCGGCUUCAGUUUUAAAGAAUCUGUGUUUCAUUCUGAAAAGGUUUUGAAAAAAAUAACAUAGUUUUCAGGGUUUUCAUAAUGACUAAAUUUAGUCCAUUGUUCCGUAGCCAAAACGAGAGAAGGAUCUGGUACAUUUUGUAUAAAGUAAUGUGAGGCGAUGUCGUUUUCGGAAUGUUCGAUUUAGAAAGAUUUAUAAAAGCAUUGGAAGAAAGCUGGCUAAAUUAUUCAAAUUACAACCAUUUAGAAAUUUAAUUUUAACAACUUUUUAUAGAAACUUUAAUACGUUUCUUCUUGAAAUGUAGGAAUAGAAUUUCAGACAUUGCUAGAAUAUUGAAUAAAAUCGGUCCUUCGACCAACA